GUUUAUAAUAGUAAUAGUAUUCUGUAUAACCUAUGGUAUCUACUGAAAGUAGGGAGUAAAUAGGUACCUACAUACUUUAUUUACAAUUAAUUAUUACAUAAAGUGACAAGUUCUAAAACAAUGAACCAUGGUGAAUGUAAUGAAAGGUGUCCUCGUUGAAUGUGAUCCGGCAAUGAAACAAUUCUUACUACACUUGGAUGAAACUCUUGCACUUGGUAGAAAGUUUAUUCUUCAAGACCUGGAUGAAACACACUUGUUCAUAUCAGCUGAUAUUGUGGAGACUCUACAAGCUCGCGUUGACGAUUUAAUGGACCAGCUCAGCAUACCCGUGCACGAUAAAGGAUUAUAAAUUACGAGUUGCUACAUCAAAAUGACCUCACGCGAAUCUGGAAGAGUCAAAGAUGCCGAGAGAAGAAAGGUUUUGGAUGAUGUGGCGAGAAAACGUCGAGCGAGAAAAGCAGUUGAGGCCCUAGAACAAGAUAACUUUCAUGAAGACCCACAUGCAGAUUUAGUUAUGUCAAAGAAGGU